AUGAAUAUCCUACAUUCUACUCUAUCGACGUGGCGGGACCGUUUGGCUCCUGUCUCACGCACUUCAACUUUUCGUGCCACUGGCCAGAUCACCCCCGAGGAGUUUGUCCUGGCGGGUGACUACCUCGUUUACAAGUUUCCCACAUGGUCCUGGGCCGAUGCAUCCAGCCCUGCAAAGCGUGUAUCCUAUCUGCCUGCCGGCAAGCAGUUCCUCGUUACCCGUGGAGUUCCUUGUCAUCGACGGCUGAACGACAACUUUGCUGGCGAUGCGGGCCAUGAAGACGAGAUCGUCCGAGAUAUGCUCUCCGCUGAGGGUGCUGAGGGUGCUGGAGAUGCCGAUGGAGAUGACGGCUGGCUUAGAACAGGAGGAGGUCGCGAUCUUGUCGCAGACCGAGAUCAGCAGGAGGCUCGCAUCCGUGACGUACGGACCGUCGACGAAUCCGGGAACCUGGGCGAGCAGGAAGAAGAUGAGGAAAUACCUGACAUGGAGGAUGACGACGAUGACGAGGAAGCUAUCAUUCGCGAUCCGGUUGGUCAGUCAGAGACUACACAGCCUCUGCGCACUUAUACACUAUACAUCACAUACUCGAACUUCUAUCGCACACCCCGUCUCUACCUAUCCGGGUACCUAUCCCCAUCAGAGCCGCUCCCCCCGCACUUGAUGAUGGAGGACAUCGUAGGUGACUACAAAGACAAAACCGUGACACUUGAGGAUUUCCCAUGGUUCGAUGGCAGCGUCAAGAUGGCAACUGUUCACCCAUGUCGCCACGCCUCCGUCAUGAAGACGCUCCUAGAUCGCGCCGAUGCAGCCCUCAAAUUGCGACGAGACAAGCUGAAGCAGACACAGUCGCGCGAAGAGGCAAAUCGCGUCUUGCAGGCCGGUGGAAACAGUGGUCUGGAAGGAUUGGUCGAUGAUGCGAAGAUUCUGUCACUCGGAGAGCACCAACAGGGACAAAGCGGAGAUGAGUGGGAGGUGCUUCAACACGAUGAGGAAGAGCAGGUUGCCAUUCGAGUGGACCAGUACUUGGUAGUAUUUUUGAAGUUCAUUGCGAGCGUGACGCCGGGAAUCGAGCAUGACUUUACGAUGGGGGUCUAA